AUGGUGAAAAUAUUCAUCGGGAACUUGGCCCAAGAAACCACGUCAGACGAACUUCGCUCUCUCUUCUCUCAGUAUGGAAAGAUUGCAGAGUGCACCAUCGUCAAGAACUUUGGCUUUGUGCACAUGGACGACAAAGCGGAGGCAGAAGAAGCCAUCAGUAACCUCCAUCAGUACGAGCUGAACGGUCAGCCGAUGAACGUGGAGCUGAGCCGAGGCAAGUCAAGAGGAUCCACCAAACUACACGUAGGAAACAUCGCCUGCACCAACCAAGAGCUGAGGGCCAAGUUUGAGGAGUUUGGAGCUGUGCUGGAGUGUGACAUAGUAAAGAAUUAUGCGUUUGUUCACAUGGAGCGGAUGGAGGAUGCCAUGGAGGCCAUUAAUAAGUUAGACAACUCUGCAUUUAAAGGUGAACUUUUGCCUUAAAGAUUUCAAGAAUGUUAAAUUCUGUCGUUAUGAGUUGAUAGGUAAGUUAUGGAUGCAUCACAGGUGAGUAAAGAGAGAGACUGAGGUAAGCUGAAGACAGAGAGGAACACUUUAAAGCUGGUAUCCGUAAACUGAUCGGUAAGUACGGUCUGUUUAACACAUAUCUGUAGUUUUACUGAUUCAUUUAGGCGGCGUAGAGCUGGAUGAACCUCAUACGUGGAUGAAUGUGCAGUUUCAUUUCCUAUGAGUUUGCGUUUGUAGUUUUAAGAGCAUCUGUAACCAGUCAAAUUCGGGAUUCGUCCAAUUAAAAAUAAGUUACUUUCCUUAGUAAAUUUGCAUUUUAACCUGACUGAUUAUUCUCGUUUUAAGUUGUGACGCCGCUGCUCGGGAAAAAUGUUACGGAUUUCAGCUUUAAUGAAUGUUUCUUAAAAAUGUUCUUUCAAUAUAUUGAUAGAAUUCAGAGUUUUAGGGGAGCCCUGAGUCAGGAAAGUGUUUUUGUGCCAAGCAGGAAAUGUUAUGUGACUUGGUUUCAAUGCAGGUAUAAAUCCUCAUUGAGUUUUUUCCUUUUAAAGGCAAACUGAUGAGCGUGAAGCUUUCGACUAGCCGCCUGCGUACUGCGCCGGGAAUGGGAGACAGAUCGGGUUGUUAUCGUUGCGGGCAGGAAGGCCACUGGUCCAAAGAAUGCCCUCUAGACCAAAAUGGCUACCACAGAAACGGCUCAGAGCCAAACUCAGAUGGAUACGAUGACUCGAGAUUCGGUGGGCGUGGUCGCAGCAGGGGUUAUCAUCCCAGCUUCAGCGGGGAGCCAGAUUACGGUCCUGGCUACCCUCCUGUUCAUGGUUUUCCACGGGGUGCUGCUCACAGCAGCGCCAUGGCCGGGUACAGACGGGGCACAAGCUACGAGAGUGCAAUGAGAUACGGGCCGCCCCCGGGUUACAGCAUUAGCGCUGUUCCUGACCAUAGCAUGGCUCGGAUGUACAGCAGCGAAGCGGAUUACAGGAGCAGCAGCUCGUACUAUGGCGCGGUACCCUCCUACCCAAUGCGACGGUCGCCCUAUGAGCAACGGGAUCCGUACGGGGUCGUGGACUACUAUGAGAAAUACAGGGCCAGUUAUUUCGAAGAUCGUCGCGCCGUCCCCAUGCCUGCUCCUCCUGCAACCUCCUCCUCCACGGGUUUAGUGAGGGAGCGUCUGCCUCCCUCCAGCCUCGACCCAUACGGGUGCCCUCCCCUCCCUCCUCCUCCAGCCCCGGUGUCCUCAUACUACGCACGUGAGCGGAGUCCGAUUCGGAGAGUCCCUACCGAGGCAGAUGGAUACGCAUACGAGCGUUCGCGCCUUUCCCCGGCAACCUCCCACCAAAGAAGUUCCACCUACGACCUAACGCGGGAUCCGGCCGCUGAGCGGGCUCGAUAUCCUUACUGA